GGUGGGGAGUUGAGUCGGAACUACAAUAACCAGGCGAGGAAACUACAACUCCCAGGGCGUUUGGAAGCAGGCCACGGGACUACGGGAAGCAGAAGUCAGCGGCUCGCGGGAGGCACCUCGGAGGAUCUGGGUGCAAAAGCCCAGGGUUAGAAGCCGUAGGCAUGUUGCGCCCCAAGGCUUUAACCCAGGUGCUAAGCCAAGCCAACACUGGAGGAGUCCAGAGCACCCUGCUGCUGAAUAACGAGGGAUCACUGCUGGCCUACUCGGGUUACGGGGACACUGACGCUCGGGUCACUGCGGCCAUAGCCAGUAACAUCUGGGCCGCCUACGACCGGAAUGGGAACCAAGCGUUUAAUGAAGACAAUCUCAAAUUCAUCCUCAUGGACUGCAUGGAGGGCCGUGUAGCCAUCACCCGAGUGGCCAACCUUCUGCUGUGUAUGUAUGCCAAGGAGACCGUGGGCUUUGGAAUGCUCAAGGCCAAGGCCCAGGCUUUGGUGCAGUACCUGGAGGAGCCCCUCACCCAGGUUGCAGCAUCUUAAUGGCAUUGGUGGAAGCUGGGGUCAGAAAAGAGACAUGACCGUUUGGAGGGGUGGGGCCUCCUAGAAGAACCUUCUUGGACGAUGCCGGGAGGAUGGGACUUUGUUUUUUCUAAGAAUAAACUUCAAUUCUGGUCA